AUGAAGGAGAGUCGAAAAAAUUUCGAAUUUUCUAUUAAAUUCAUAUUGCUAGUUGGUUUCUUUUUCGUGUAAACUUUCUCAAAGCUAGUUAAUGAUGAUCCAAAUUUAGAUGAUUUUAGCAGAGCCCUUUUUAAUUGUGCAGAUUUCGAUAUUACUUAGGAUAAUUACAAAGUCGAAAGUGAUUAAAUUGUAUUUGAAAUUCAAUCUCUCAGUGAAUAAGUACAGUAAAAUGUCUUAAAGUUUAGAGAAUUAACUAUAAGCAAGGCUGAAUAAGUAUUAACUAAUUAUAAAAAUUUUAAAAGCAUUGUUUUUUAAAAUGGACCUAAAUCUACUUUGCUUUUCGACGGAAUUUAUAUAUUAGGAGAUUAAGAAAAAAAAAUAUCAGUAUAAGUAUUACAAUUACUUUAUAAGGAUUUAUUUAUGCUUUAAUUUUUCAAUAUAUCAAGCGUCUUUAUUACAAAGAGUUCAUUUAGUUACUCUACUUGGGUCUAAUCAUAAUUUACACUUUUUAAUAAUGUUAAAACAAUUUAUAUUUAAACUUUUUAAGUAAAUCAAUCAUAAUUUUCAUCAAACUAUUUAAUGUAAGUAUUAAACUCUUACAACACAACUAUCGGAUUUGCUGAUUUAAAUUAAAACAACUAAAACUACAUUGCUGAUGUUUAAAAUGUAAAUAUUUUCAAGAUAUUAAAAAUGAACAUAUAUAAGUGUUAAAUCAAAAAUGCAGGCUAACCUCUAAAUUAAAAUAUAUUUAAUUUUAACUCAGUUCAACAACUCUCACUUUACGAAAUGAUAAUAACUAAUAAUACCAUUAGAACACAGAAUACUUUUAAGUUUAUUUCAAUCUAAGGAAGUGAUGUUGUUAAAAUUAACAAAUCUCUCAUUAAAUUUAAUAAUGCUACUAACUCUUACUCUUCAAUGGAAAUUCUUAAGUCAGUCAACAUAGCAUUAGUGAGUGUUUUUGUGGAAAAUAACAUCCAACUUGGUAACUUUGGAGGUACUAUGGCGAUAGAUUCAACAGGAGUUGAAAAUUCACUUGUCACAAUAACAGAUAGCGUUUUUAAAAAAAAUUUUGCUUAUACAUCUGGUGGUGCAAUUUACAUAAAUGCGUAAUUUAUAAACAUUUACCACACUAAAUUUGUGGAUAAUGUAAGUUAAGGGAAUGGAGGAGCUCUUUUCGUAGAAAGUACAAACACAAUAGACAUUAAUAAUGUGCUAUUUUAGUCCAACUCUGCCAUUUAAAGUGGAGGAGCAAUUUUUCUUUCAUCAAAUACUUUAUCAAACGCUUUAAAAGUAUUCAAUGCAACUUUUAAAAAUAAUUAUGUACACUAUUGUAAUGGAGGUGCAUUAUUUACAAAUAAAUUUAAUUCUAUUUAAUUAGAAUUUGCUGACUUCGAUCAUAAUUAGGCAUUUGAAGGUGAUGGUGGAGCUAUUUAUGGCAGGAAUAUUGAGACAAUUUUUGUUAGAUAUGUAAAUUUUACAAAAAAUUAAGCUUUUAAAGGAGGAUCGUUGAGAGUGGACUAUUCCAAUUUAAUUAAUAUUAUUUUAUCUAAUUUUACCAAAAAUUUUGCUAAUAACACUGGAGGAGCUUGCUAUUUUAUUCAAAUUAACUAUUCUUCUGAUUUCAAUGGUUGUAACUUCAAAGAAAAUCAAGCAAUAUUUGGAGGCGCUUUAUAUCUCUAUGAAAAUUCAGCAUUUUAACUCACAAAUUCUCUUUUUGAAAAGAAUUAGGCUUUAUAAGAUGGUGGAGCUGUUUUCUUAUCAGAAAAUACACAUGUUUUGGAAAUGGUUAACACUAAAUUUCAUUUCAAUAUAGCUUAAGGAAUAGGAGGGGCUAUUUAUGCUAAAUAAAUUAAGCAUUCUGUUGACUAAAGUUCGAUAAUUUCAAAUAACUCUGCUUUGAUUGGUGGAGGUUUAGCUUGUAGCAACAUUUCUAGAUAUUAAGAUUUAUCUAAAAUACAAAUAGAUGAAAUAGUUUAAGAUAAUAAUGCUCAAAUUUAUGGAAAUAACAUUGGGCUUAUCCCCAAAUCAAUUUUUUUAACACAUAUUAGUUAUUAUGAUGAAGGAUCUCAAUAAUUGAAACCUCUUAAUUUUACCAAAUAAAUUAUGCUCUAAUAAUAAGAGAUACAAAGUUUUGUCGUUAAUGAUGUAAAGAGUCCAUCUAAUUUAGUUUUCUUUUGGAAAUUGGUAGAUGAAAAUGAUUAAAUAAUAGCUCCAAUUAAGCCAACCCAAAAUGAUAUAACUCAGAUAGUUAGCAUUAACAACACACCUGAAAUAUAAGAGCGUAUGACUGAGUACAAUCUUUUUUAAAAGUAGUCCUUUUUACAAAAUUAUACAAUAUUUUCUGAGAAUGAAUUCUCAACUAUAUUUUUCACGAUUGGUGAGCCUUCAAAAGACUAAUAAGUAUAAAUAAGUUUUCUUUCUGGAAUAUAGGGCUCUGCAAAGGUGGUUAAUAUUUUAUUCAACUAUAGAAAAUGUUAGAUUGGUGAAGUAUAUAUUUAAAGUACUUUUUAGCUUUGCUAAGAAUGCAGAUAAGGAACUUAUUCAUUCAGCGAUCCUUACAAUGCCAGCUGCUUCAAUUAGCCUGAAGGAGUUCAAAAAAGCUUUGGAUCUACUUUAAUUAUGCAACCUGGAUACUGGCGCUCUUCUUAAUACUCUGCAACUAUAUUAGAGUGCCAAUUUUAAGGCUCAUGCAUUGGUGGAGAAGGAUAUGGAAAUGGUUUGUGUUAAAACGGAUACUAAGGAGUUAUGUGCAAAUAAUGUGCUUUUAAUGAUAACACAAAGUACACUCAAAAUUUGUUUGACUUAGAAUGCACAAAUUGUGAAGAAAAAUAAGGCUAGAGUAUAUUUUAAAUUGUAUUACUUUGUAUAUACUUGGUAGCUAUUUCUUUUUUAGUAAUGAAUUCCUUGGUUUAAGAUUUCUUGCUAGAGAAAAUGUCAUUCACGUUAACUAAAAUGAAAGUGUUUUUAUUUGAUAAGAGACAGAGUUAAAGAAGACUUUCAGUUGUUUACAUUAAAAUGUUUUUACAUUUUUGCUAAAUCUCAAUUUGCUUGAAUUUUAUGCAAAUCCAAAAUGCCAAUAUUAGUUCUAAUUUGUAUGUGAUCCCUAAAUAUUUAACUGACACAAUUACUGUUAUUAUUCAGCUUAGUACUUGCUUUUUUGUUCCAAAUUCUGGACUUAACAGUUCCUCAGUUGCAUUCACUUAGUUAAUUCUUGUAGAGAUUUCUCCUAUUAUUUUCUUUUUAUUUGGCUAUCUCUUGAUUUAUGCUUUGCACAAAGUUAAAAAGCUUGAUUUACAGUAAAAGCAGUAUUAUUCUAGGAAUCUGUUUUGGUUCUGCUUCUGUAGCUUGUUUUCUAUUUCAAUAAUUAGAUAUUUAGUUUCUAUUUCGGCUUGCACAUAAGUAGGAGAUUAAAACAGAAUGUUUGCUGAUUACAAUAUUCAAUGUGACAAUAAUACAACAAGAAUAGUCUUAAUUUAUUCUCUCAUUCUGCCAAUAUUUGCAUUUUUCUGUGCUUAUCUUCCUUUAACUCUUAUUUAAAUUUUAACAAGACAAUCUAAUAUUCAUAGACCAGUUAGAAAGAGUGUCGAGCUUUAAGAUACCUAAAAAUAACUUAGUAAUACUGAAAAUUAAACGAAUCAAGAAAAAAUAAAUAUUUUGAGUGAUGGAAGCACUCUACAAUUAAGCAAAAACAGUGAUAACUACUUAUAUAGAAUUAAUGGAAGCGAUCGUUUUAGUAAAUCAAAUUAUACUGAUAACAGUGCUUCAUAAUUGCCAUACGAUGAAAGACAAGAUAAUAUAAUCUAAAUGGAAUACGAUGUUGAGGAUCAAGUAAUAAAUUAUGUUAGAGAGAAAAGUUGUUCACAUAAUGGAGACCUAAAAAAACCAUUAUUUGGUAAAAAAAUUGAAGGAAAGUUAACAGAAAAAUCUUUAAAUUAAAUAAAUUACUGGUACUUAACAGUUGGCUACAAACCAGAAUAUUAGUAUUGGGAAAUAGUUAAAUUCAUUUUUAGAUAAGUAAUCAUUAUUAUGAUAUUUUUCUCUAAUGAAAUACCAAUUUUUGCAGGAAGUCUUUCAAUAGUUUUUUACAUUUUUUAUUUUUAUUUUUUGAGCAAGAAGCAGCCAUUUGUCACUAAAUAACUCAAUAAUUUAGAAAACGAAUGUCAUUUAAUACAAGCAGGUUGUCUAUUCUCAUUUUUGAUUAUUUAAUAAAUUAAUGGAGAUUAUAGAUUUGAGUACAUGACCUAUAUAUUUGUCUUUUUUGCUUAUUUUGUCUUCUUUUGGUUUUUAUUUAAGAUGCUUUUCUUAAUAGUUGUUUCAUUAAUGGAAAAUAAUUCAAAGAUAGACAAUGUUAAGAUGGCUUUUAAUCUGGUAAUCCCAAAUACAUAUAAGAUAAAUAACGAAAAAAGUUAAAAGAAGUGGAUGUUAAUUUAAAAUAAUUUAAAAUUGAUUUUAUCCAGAGGACUUGAUGAUAAGCUUUUAGACAGGCAAUUUUUGAUUCACUAAAACAAAAAUUUGCUUAGAAGUAUGAAAAAUAAAAGAGACAGCAAUGAAGAAGUAAUUGAUUUGGAUAAGUAGAGCUGA